UUGCCGCGUGAAGCUCGCCGAGCUCGAUGACGACGGAAUCAAAAAACCCCACGUAUUCCGUCGGAAUUGGGAACCAAAGAUCCCCCCGCCGCUCGGCGCCCGAAAAACAUGAAAAAAAGAAGGCAGACGGCCAACAGAGCCCGGGUCCGCGUGAGACGCUGUGACCACAUCGGCACGCUCAACUGUCGUCGCUUUUUAUUGAAUCUUGACAUCUAACCAUCCAAGACGAGCAGAUUGGUACUUCAGUGUCGUAAGACCCACCUUCCCGCCCGUCCAGACAACCUGCUAUCUCGAUAGUGCUCGCUCCGUGCGAACAUAGUCCGAAUUUACGCAAAUCCUUCGGUUCCGAGGUGGUAAUCAGCCGAGUAUAAUAAUAAUAAUCAGGUGCGGUGCCGAUACAUCUCGAAGAGGUCAGGUGUCAAGUCUUACCAGACCUUUUCAUCCUCUCGUUCUUAUUCUGCAAUACUCAGGAUGACGGUCGAGCCAGACUCAUCGUCUGAUCGAGUCAUGGAAGAUGCGACCAUGGCUGAAAAGCAAGAACUCACUCGCGAAGGCGCCGUAGCCACCAGUGGGGUCCCGAUGCCUACCAUCCAAGGUCCUAUCUCGGUAGAUGCUACGAAUCCUUCAACGACAAAAGCGGCACACACUUCCAUUUCCAACCUUCCUUCUGCUGCUGUAUCUGAGAAAACUUUACGAGCCAGUACUCCGACAUCUUCGGAAGAUACUGGGGUCAGUCACCAACAACAUGGCAAAAAGAAAGGGUUCUCAUUUGGUAAAUCUCGUAAAGCGAAAGAAGCCGCCGAGAAGAAGAACUCAGAGAAAGAAGAAGAGUUGGCCGCAAUACCACCAGUCGGAUUCUUCAAAUUGUAUCGGUUUGCGACUCCUCUCGAGAGAACUUUCAACAUUAUCGGAGUCAUCCUCGCUGCCGCGGCCGGAGCAGCUCAACCUCUGAUGACGUUGAUCUUUGGUCGAUUCACAACGUCCAUCACGGAAUUUGGAAAGAUUGAACAGACUAUCGCCGAGCACAGAGGUAUGGCCACUGCGGCGGAAAGGGCUGCAUUGGAAGCUGCCAAACAUGACCUCAGAAUCGCCUCGGGUCAUAAUGCCUUGUACCUCAUGGCCAUUGGUAUCGGAAUCUUCAUCACCACCUUUUCAUACAUGUUCAUUUUCAACUGGACAGGAGAGUUGAACGCGAAGAGGAUCAGGCAACGCUAUCUCAAGGCUGUUCUCAGACAAGAUAUCGCCUACUUUGACGAUGUCGGCGCUGGAGAAGUGGCUACGCGAAUCCAGACAGAUUGUCACCUGGUUCAAGAAGGCACAUCUGAGAAAGUCGCUCUUGUCGUGCAGUACUUUGCUACGUUCGUCACCGGUUUCGUCCUCGCCUUUGUCCGUGGACCGAUUCUCGCCCUGGCCCUCUCAUCCAUCCUCAUCGUCAUCAUGUUCGUCGGUAUCAUGAUGCACAAGUUCAUGGGACCAUGGAACAUGCAAGCCCUCGAUGCCAUUGCCAAAGGUGGUAGCUUGGCAGAAGAGGUCGUAGGAAGUGUUCGUACUGCCCAAGCAUUCGGAACAGUCGCAGUACUCCGAAGUAAAUUCGAAGUCUACAUGGACACUAUGAAAGAAAAGGGUAGAAAACUCGCUGUGGUUGAGGGCCUCGGUGUUGGUGGCAUGUUCUUUGCUAUCUACAGCGCAUACGCCCUGGCGUUCUUCUUUGGUGGUAUUCUCGCAGUGAGAGAGCCGAACAAGUACAACGCAGGUGUCGUCAUCAACGUCUUCAUGUCCAUCCUGAUUGGAUCAUUCUCCAUGGCUAUGGUUCAACCUGAAAUGCAAAAAGUCACCAAAGCUCAAGGUGCCGCCGCCAAACUUUUCUCCACGAUUGAUCGAAUCCCCGCCAUUGAUUCGGCAGAUCCUGGUGGCGAGAAACCCAACCAUGUCGAUGGAACCAUCACUUUUGAGAACGUCAAGUUCCACUACCCAUCUCGACCCAAUGUCCCCAUUCUCAAAGGCUUGACAAUCAAUUUCCCCGCUGGCAAGACGACUGCCUUAGUCGGUGCUAGUGGAAGUGGAAAGUCGACCGUCGUCAGUCUCAUCGAGCGCUUCUACGAUCCGAUUUCGGGCACCAUCUCAUUGGACGGCCGUGAACUCAAAUCGCUUAACCUCAAGUGGCUGAGACAGAAUGUCGGUCUUGUCUCCCAGGAACCGACUCUGUUUGGGACAACUGUUCGAGGCAACGUUGAACACGGUCUGAUCGGGUCCAAGUGGGAGAACGCAUCUGAUGCUGAAAAGCUUGAGCUCGUCAAAAAGGCUUGCAUGGCUGCCAAUGCGCACGACUUUAUCCUCAAGCUGCCACAUGGAUAUGACACCCACGUUGGAGAACGAGGCAUGCUUCUAUCUGGUGGACAAAAGCAACGAGUCGCCAUUGCCCGAGCCAUCGUUUCGGACCCUCGCAUCCUCUUGCUCGAUGAGGCCACCUCUGCCCUGGAUACUCAAUCCGAAGGCAUCGUACAGGAUGCUCUGGACAAAGCAUCAAAGGGCCGUACCACUAUAGUCAUUGCGCAUCGACUAUCGACCGUCAAGGAUGCAGACACCAUCGUGGUCAUGGGUGGGGGAGAAAUCUUGGAGCAAGGAACCCAUUAUGAUCUCUUGGCGGAUGAGAAUGGUCCAUACGCCCAGUUGGUGGCGAACCAGAAGCUCGCUAUGGAAGCUGCCAAGGCCAAAGCUGCAGAGGACGGCGAGGAGGUCGCGGACCCUGAUGCUGUCAAGCCUGCCAUGCUCGCUGUCUCUCAACCUGGUUCGCCCGUCACCGAGAAGAAUGGAUACGACCUCACUCGAGCCGUUACCGGACGGUCUUUGGCCAGUGCAAUGAUGGAGGACAUCACUGCCAAGAAGCUAGAGGAAGAGGAAGCUGCUGAGAAGACGCCCAACAUGUUCAAGAUGUACAAACGUCUAACCGGGAUGAACGGCGAAAACAAGUGGUUCUUGGUCCUUGGUUUGAUGGGAGCCAUGGCAUCCGGGAUGACUUACCCUGCUCUGUCCAUUCUGUUCGGAAGUGCUCUGCAAGAUUUCCAACUUCAGGAUCCUAAUCUUCUCAAGCACGAGCUGACGGUUAAGGCCCGGUACUAUUUCAUCACUGCGAUUUUGGCUGCCUCAGCAAUUACUGUGCAGAUCUCUUGCUUUGCACGAGCUGGCUGGGAUUUGACUGCCAAACUGAGAGGCACUCAGUUCAGUAGUGUCCUCCGACACGAUAUCGAAUGGUUCGACGAGGAGAAGAAUUCGACUGGAGCAGUCACUUCUGAUAUCGCGGAUACGCCUCAACGGAUCCAGGGACUGUUUGGAAGUACCAUGGGUACUAUUCUUCAGUCCCUCACGACUUUGAUUGGAGGUUGCAUCAUCGGUCUAUGCUAUGGCCCGCUUUUGGCUCUCAUUGGUAUCGCUUGUAUCCCUAUCUUGGUCUCUGGAGGCUUUUUCCGACUUCAUGUCGUCGUACUCAAAGAACAAAAGACGCGCAAAAUCCACGCAUCUUCAGCUCAUCUCGCUUCGGAAGCAGCUGGUGCUGUGCGAACUGUCGCUUCGCUCACUAGAGAAGACGAUGUAGAUAGGAUCUACAGUACAGCCCUGAAAGGACCUCUGAAGGUUGCAGUACAAGGCUCCAUCAAGUCGCAACUGCUUUACGGUGCAAGUCAAGGUAUCUCCUUUUGCAUCAUCGCCCUCGUCUUUUACGUUGGAUCGUUGUGGAUCAUCAGUGGAAGAUACGAUACUGCCCACUUCUUCACCGUCCUCACCGCUGUCAUUUUCGCCUCGAUUCAGGCUGGAAACGUGUUCAACUUUGUUCCUGACGCAUCUAAAGCCAAUGGCGCAGCUGCCAACUACUUCCGGUUGGUCGACAAUGUUCCGGAGAUCGAUGCUUUGUCCCCUGAAGGCAUCCAGCUGGACCCGACUCAGGUCCAGGGACAUAUCCGAAUCGAAGGUGUUCACUUUAGGUACCCUUCUCGUCCCGGCGUUCGAGUCUUGCGGGAUUUGUCACUGGACGUCCCGCCCGGCACGUACGUCGCGUUGGUCGGUGCUUCAGGAUGUGGUAAAUCUACGACUACGCAAAUGAUCGAGCGAUUCUACGACCCUCUGAUCGGCAAAGUUACUCUGGACGGAGUAGAUAUUCGGGAGAUCAAUGUUGCGAGUUACAGGAGUCAGUUGGCCCUCGUCUCUCAAGAGCCGACAUUAUAUGCUGGAACUGUCCGUUUCAACAUUUGCCUCGGAGCCAACAAACCAAUGGAAGAAGUCACUGAUGAAGAACUUUUCGCGGCCGCUAAGAAUGCCAACAUUUACGACUUUGUCAUGUCUCUUCCUGACGGAUUCGAUACUGAGGUCGGAGGCAAAGGAUCACAGUUGUCUGGAGGUCAGAAACAGCGGAUCGCCAUUGCCCGAGCUUUGAUCCGGAAUCCCAAGGUCCUUUUGCUGGACGAAGCUACUUCCGCGCUGGAUUCGCAAUCUGAGCGAGUCGUUCAGGAUGCACUUGACAAAGCUGCAAAGGGACGGACGACGAUUGCCAUUGCUCAUCGAUUGAGUACGAUUCAAAAGGCGGACAUUAUCUAUUGCUUCGCCGACGGCAAGGUCAAGGAGAAGGGUACACAUUCAGAAUUGUUGGCUUUGAAGGGAUCUUACUAUGAGUUGGUACAGAUGCAGAAUCUGAGUCGACAGCAGUAGAUCAGGUAUACAAGAUGGAUCUUGAUCGGGUCCAAUCAUUUUUGUCAUGACCAACAUGCGUGAUGUAAUACUUAGAUGUCUUUGUCCAGUUCUUGCCCUUGCUGUUUCUGUGUGAGAUCGGCUGUCGGGGACCGCGAGAUGAAG